UUAGAACUUCUAUGUUCUACCCUGCAGGAUACACUCCGAUUCGAUUGGGUGAGUCUGGGAGUCCCGAUCGGAAUCAAAGACCAUAUGAUCUCACCUCUACAACUGCUGACAGUAACCCGUGCCUCAGUCGCACCGCAGGUAGGCGAUAGUUCAGGUGCCCCAACCUAUGAAGAAUUAGUGGAUCUCGGGAUGCUCAUCCUAGGGGGAUUUCGAGUGUUCCAUGCUACCAAUCCGGCAUAUGUUGACAAACUGCGGGAUGCCCUUGAGAACCAGCUCACCACACCGGCUCUCCGAGAUUCGAUCGAAGUCGCAAUUGUCAAUUUGGCGGCAGUCUAUAUCGACACGGAAUUUAUGAAAAUGCAAUGUGCGAUAGAUAUGUUCUUCGCCAUGUUCCCCAAACAUCCCAUGACAAAACUUCGUUUUGGAACAUUGAUCCUAUCAUACAAAGACUGCACAGGAGUAACUGCAGUCGGUCAUGGGUGUGAGUUGAUGAGUCAUAACACGAAGAUAUUCACCCGGUGGUUAAUGACUCCAACCCUUCGACAGGACUUUAAUAGAAUGAAUAUUCCAGGUCAGGAAAUCACCCUCCCAUACUCAUAUGGACCGUACUUGUCCGGACUUGGGUUAGUCGACAAGAGUUCCUAUUCCGCGACCCUUAACUGUGGACUUCAUAUGUUCACGCAUUUAAUAGGAUGUGCCGUCCUCUCGACAAGGUCAAUCAACGCGAUAUUUUUCCAGCCAAGAGGCUUAAGUGCUAUAAUUGACAACGCGAUUCUAUUUAUCUACGCACAUUCAUGUACCGGAUCACUGCAGAUGCAGUUCUUCCGUAAACGAGAAGUAGGGGUGGUGAAGGCGAUCGAAGAAGAAGCCCGUAAGCAAAUUGAAGUACUACGUAAACAACUGCUUGAGUUCGCUGCUGAAGAGGACGAGCCAGGUGCAGGCAAUCAAGAAGGAAUCGAGGAAAAGUCCGGAUCUGUACCAGAAGAUGGCAGCACCGGGGGAGGUGGAGACCUGGAAAAUAUAGAUGCGGGCGACGUUGACGAUUUCUAUCCGGAGGAGCCACGAAGCAGAGAUGCCUUGGACUGGUACUCCUAUAUAGCGAAACACUGCAAAAGCUCGAUCCCAGAUCGGAUGCGAGCAGUCGCAUACGAUAGAUGGUCGCAAGUCAAAGAUGUUCGACCAGGAACAGUGGUUGAAUUCGCGAAGCGAAUGGGAAGGGCACCAAACCAUUAG